AUGGCCCACGAUGCGCAUGAUACCGAGGAGACUAGUCUCCUGCGACACCAUCACGACGAAGCUUCGUCGGGUGUGGAACGCACUUUGAGGCAGCGGCUCAUGAUUGCUGGCCGAUGCACCACUGUGCUGUUGCUUGUGGUUCUUACAAUGUCCAUAUCGUCGACUCCAAUGCUGGAAAUUAUGGAAGGCAUCAUCUGUCGUUCCUUGCACCCGGACGUUGAUGGCACAUUCAACCACCCCGUCUGCAAAGGCGCAGACGUGCAAUCAGAGUUUGCCCAACUUCAAGGCUGGGUUACGCCCUUUGCCCUGGUCCCCGGUCUAGUGACGGCCAUGCCAUACGGAGCUAUGGCUGACAAGCACGGCCGCAGACUCGUGCUUUGUUUGGCUAUUUCGGGCCUCGUUGUUGCGCAGAUUCUUGAGAUUGCCACAUGCUGGUUCUCAGACACCAUACCAAUUCGUUUGAUAUGUCUGGCGGGCCUCGCUACCUUUGUUGGUGGCGGACCCAUGGUCAUCAAUGCCAUGAUCUUCACCAUGGUCGGUGAUGUAUUUACCGCUGAUCAAAGAACCACUGCCUUCUUCUACCUCGGUGCCUCCAUGACAGUUGUUGAACUGAUAUCCGGUCCUUUGACGUACCUCCUCAUGAAGCGUGGCGACUGGUUUUGCGUCUUCACCGGCUUGGCAGGACUAUGCCUCGCCAACAUUUUGGCAUUUCUGUUACCGGAGAGUCGCGACGCCAAUACACUGCGUAAACAUAAAUCAACCGGCCGUCAGCCAGAAUCGCAUCAACAGCAGACGGGCAGUGGAUUCUUCGACUUGCUCUCCAAGCUGCCCAAUGCCACGGCAACUUGCAUCAUGGCUGCAACGAAUUUCGUUUCCAAUAACGCGCAUUCUACGCUACUGCUUGUGGGUGUCGCGUUCGGCACCCUCGGCCAAGACGUCGUCACACUGUUGCAGCAGUACAUGACGAAGCGUUUCGGUCUGUCUUGGGCUCGUGCGAGCCUACUCUUGUCUAUCAAGGGUGUGGCGGCUCUUGCAGUGACAACAACAAUACUCCCCUUGACAAGUCAACUGCUUUUGAGGAAACUAUCCCUUAGCCCUGUCCAUAAAGACCUGUGGAUGGCCAGGGCAAGUGCCACGUUUCUUCUGUUGGGAGCCUUUUGCCUGGGCUUGGCACCUACAUUGGAGACAUUUUUAUCGAGCUUGGUCAUUUUUACGGUGGGAAUAGGCUACAACUUGAUUCUUCGCAGCCUCAUUGCUAGCUAUGCAAAGGACGACAAGACGGGGUUGAUGUUCACCGCAAUAUCUGUCUCGGAGGGAUUAGGGGGGCUUAUUGCAGGGCCAAUAAUGGCGAUGCUCUUCCGCGUUGGUUUGAAUUUGGGUAGGGCCUGGAUCGGUCUUCCUUUUCUAUUUGCUGGCCUUCUUUUUAGUACUGCCACAUUGAUCGUUUUUUUGGUACCCGUCGCGUCAUGA